AUGGAUGUGGAUCCAGGCGUUCAAGAAGAUCUAGAGGAGGCGGCACAGUUGAGUUAUUCAUCCAAUGAAGAACUCAACAAUCUCCUAUGUCGUUAUAAAUAUGGAAUGAUCGGCACGCUAAAUGAACUAAGUGAAAUGGUGGAAAAGGCUAUCGGCAAAAAGUAUUCCCAAUCGACACUCGCACGGAAGGUGCAAAAUCUGGAUAAACUGAUGCAGAAGGAAAUGGAACUGGGACAGCAACCACUUGAGCAAAUUCGAGAGAGUGGACAGAACGGCUUUUGUGGAUAUUUGACGUUAUCGCAAAGGCUCAACAACUCACUGAUAACACUUCCCGAGCCAGGUGGUUAUCGUCAGUACGUACGCUCGAAACAGACCAGAAGUAACAGAUGUGAAUAUUACCGUUGCAAUAAUUGUCAUAAAGUGAAGCGCAAAACCGGUUAUGGUCGUAUAUCAUAUAUACGUAUACGAGAUGGAAUCGUUCUCAGAGGUAGAUCGUCAGCACAUCAUCCUGACUGUAAAGUGCUUAAUGAAACUGAUAUUAUCGCUACGCAAAUGGAUCGACAGUCACGGAGAGAGAUUCUAGAUGGCAAAGAUCCGUAUGAUGCGUAUCGAAAGAACUUCGAGAAAGCAGUGGAACUAGCCGCGACAUUUGAUGAGAGUAGCAGUAACAGUAAAAAGUUCAAUGUUGCAACAACAUAUCCCUCAUGGCGUAGCGUUUGUAAAACCUAUAAGCGUAUACAACGUAAAGGAAUGAAGCAGAAAAUGGGGGGUAAGGGGGAAAUGGGGGAGUGCAGUUACGAGAUCGGUGAAGAAAGCGAUAAUUCGAAGGCUGAAGACAUCACUCCAGAUUCUCAUAAUGACGAUUCGUUUGUGCGGUCAACCUCUUCAAUGACUUCGUCUGAGAGAACUUGUGAAAUGGAUAAUUCAAACGCAGUUGUAGAACAAAUCUCUGCUGGAUUUUCUAAGCUCGACGAAGUUUCGUCAUCUCCUGAAGAAGCAGUUGACGGAACGCCAGAUGGAACACUUGAACAGUUAUCAGAUGAAGAGAUUUCAGUGGAUGAUGAUAACAUCUCAACAACGAAUAACGAAACAACCGGCCAAAAAAUGCCUGGAGGAGAUCAGCUAUCAGAGUCGAAUAAAUUAUUACCGUCAGAAACGAAUGAUAACGAUUCAAAUUUGCCAGUUGCUCACUUGCUAGAGUCCAGUCAGCACACACUUGAUGAUACAUCCAACAUUGAUGACUCAUCUUCUUCACAGUCGCACCCACUACCAUCCACUCGAGCAGAGUCACGUGACAGCAAUGACAGUAAUGAAAUCGUUGGUGGUGACAACACAUCUAAAACAACUAAUGAGGCACAUCCGAAGCAUUUCCUCAAAAGAGAUCCCCAAACAGGUCGUCUUGUACUAUGCAAACGUUUACCUCUGAAAAGAGUCAUGCAUUCAUCGUGCAUUCAGCAGUCUUUCUUGAAUAAUCAUAAAUACGAUCAGAAAUCAUCAGUCCAUCAGGAUAACUCAUCUGAUGAAUUCGCCUCUAGUUCAUUUGCAACUGGUGUAACAACGAGAUCGGCCACGAGAGCAUAUCAAUCUUAUGCACAACAAGCAUCACAACCACCUGCUAAGAAAUCGCGUUCAAAUAAAUUGCUGAAGAAGGAAAUUGUUGAUAUUGUUGAUUCAAAAAGUACACUUGCUGGAAGGGUGGAUAAUUCAAUUAGUGGCGAUGAUAACGAUGCUAUUCUUCGAUUAUUAGGCGAGGGCAUUCGUGAAAUAGAAGCUGUCAGUAAACGUCGAGCGCAACAGUUGAAAAUAGAUUUACUAAAGAUGAUGAGCAGAUAUCGAUGCUUAGUGCAGAGGAUAACUGGUUAUGGUGAUGAAUUAGUAAACGUGAUGAAGGAGGUAUCUGAAAUACAACGGAGCGUGGACGGAGCAUCAUAUGAAGCGGUGUCGACGAGUGCAUCUGAUGAGAUAAACGAGAUCGGUGAGGAGAAUUUUACGCUUUCAAGAAAACUGCAGCGAACAAUUUUGAAUAUCAAAGAAGGGAGUGGAUAUGUGCGUCAGUAUCGAAAGAGACACACCAAUGAAGAAAGGAGUUUGGAGCAGUACAUGUGCCAGACAUGUUUCAAUUUGCAAUGGAGCGGAAGGAAUCUUCUGGAGUUACCGGUGGUUCGUGUCAAACAUGGAAAGAUUGUCGGUAGCGCACAUCCACUGCAUGAUGAACGCUGCGAGCCAGUCAAAUUAGAGGAGGCAAUAGCGGUGGCCGAAGACCGCGAGGGUCGAUUGCGCGUUCGACAGGGCUUGCAGAAACCGCGAACUGCUUUCGAGGAGGCAUACAAAAGAUGCGUAAAUGCUGAUGCGCAAAGAUAUCUUCCUGACUGGAACAGAGUGAAGAGUGCAUAUUACCAUCAUCAGAAUGAAGGCAAGAAAUGUGAUUCGACUUCAUCAUCCANCUCGAACUGUUCAAUGAAAAGUGGUACAGUGACAUUGCAAAGAGAAGAAAGAGCCGAAAUAACGUCGGGAUAUGAUGGAGGUGAGAACAAAGAGGGUGAAUGUAGCACUGAAAAAGACCAUGGAAUUAGUGAUACGGAAAUGAAAGAGAUUAGUUCAGAUUUUGAUAAUUCCGUUCUACAGCCAACGUCCGCGUUGAAAGCGUCUUCAUUGAAUUUAUCAGAGAGUAGCUUAGAGGAACUGGAAACGGAUGGUGCGAGCAGAAUUUUAGAAGAUGAUGCGGGAGGAUCCUCCAAUCCCGAGGAAGCUUCAUCAAAUGUUAACGAAGCAGUCGUCGGAACACCGCCAAUUGAUAAAAUAUGCAAUCAGACUUCCCAUAGAAUAGAUGAAGUGGCACAGUUACAACCGAUUCAACAAGUGAACUUCACUGAGAAUGUCAGAAUUGAUAAUCAAUCGGAGUCACCAACUGCUCAAAUGCUACAAUCCAAUCAAAAUUCAUCCUAUGAGGAAGCUCACUCUGAUGAAUCGUCUUCUUCACAAUUGGCACAUCCCAAUCCGUCAGAGUCACAUGAUAAUGAUGAUGGUAGCAAUCAACUCUGUACGGAUAACGAGCCAUCGCAAGUGAUCAAUAAAAGAUCUCCACAAAAAAGGAAAUGCUCAAACAUUGACUCAGAACAUUUUAUGAAGAGAGAUCCUCGAACGGGUCGUAUCGCCUUAUGUACACGAGUACCUGUUUCAUCUUCCAUAAAGAGACCUCUCCUAAUUGAGCAACAGCAAUCACCCACACCAAAUACCCUAUCAAAAAAAUUCACUCGUAGUCCUCUUGGUGCUGUUGUAAAAUCAAAGCCAAACAACAGCAUAUCGAGUUCUUGCUGUACGCCUCGGCGCGUCGUCAAGAAGUCACUUGUAAGAGUGAAAGAAGAAGACAGGAUCAUUGUCGUUGAUGACUCAACUGACAGUUCAGUGGAGAAAUGUGAUGCCAAAACGAAGCACUCAGUUAUUCGGGAUGAUUGCGAUGCCAUUGGGCAUGCGUUAGCAAAUCUCAUCCGAGAAGUUGAAGGCAUCGAUAAAUGUCAAGGAACAAAAUUGAAAAUUGAUAUUCUCAGGACGAUGAGUAGAUAUCGUUGCUCAGUGCGUUAUGCUCAGAAGUGCAUUAUUGAUUUCAAUAUGGACACCGAACAGCCAGUUGAAACGAAACCACCCGCUGAGGAAGCGAAUAAAGUGUAUUUGGGAUUGUCUCAAAAUCUUAAAACUGAUGCGUUGAUUAUCUACAAUGCGACUGGUGAUGCUCGAAUGUACAGAGCUUCAUUUCAUCGUAAAAAUACCAAAUACUAUCGAUGUAGUAGAUGUGACACAAUCAGACGCAGACGUCAUGAAGGUGAAGUGGCCAAGUUGAAGGUUGUUGAUGGCGUUGUGAGUGGUAAUAAAUUCCCGAGACAUAACCCUGAAUGUGUGCCGUUGCGUUACGAGGAAGUGCAGGCGUUGAUGCUGGACAGAAGUGCGCGGCGAGAGGUGAAAGGACUGAAGUGUAAUCCAAAGGAUGCUUGGCAAAAGGGUUUCGAGCGAGCAAUCGAACUGGCAUCGUCUUCGCAAGCCCCGCCGGGUAGUAGACUGAGUAUCGCGACCACAUACCCAUCAUGGCAACGUGUUCGUAAAUCCUAUACCUCGAUACGUCUGAAAAGGUUGCGACGAGCUGCAGCGAAUAAUUCAGAGAUGAAGCGUGGUGGAAUGAAUGAGGAUGAGGAUGAUGAGGAAUAUAUGGAGAAUGAAAGCAGCCGAAGAGUGGCACGUCGUCGUCGAAGUCAACAGUCAGCGAAUCAGCGCGCAUCAGAUGAGAACGCAGCAGGACUGUAUGUGAACGCAACGAACACACCGUCGUCAUACAGAUCAGAUGAAGGUCAAUCACCGAACUCUUCAUCGCGGCUCAUGACACCUCUGGAAACCAUCGAUGUGGUCAAUUCGGAUUCCGAUACCGAACGCAACACAUCGCAUCGCCCAUCUGCACAGAUGUCAAUGCGUGCCGCAACACACCACGCAAUCAAAUCACAAAUGCCUGAUCAAGAUGACGAGGAUGAUAAUGAAUCGAUAGUGGUGCAUGACGAGACCGGUAUUCACGGCACCAUCCUAAUACCAGUACCCGAUCAUCCACCAAGACGCAAUCCGUACAUGCACAUACCCGAGCAACCACAUCGUUAUCAUUUGAGACAACACCAUCAACAACCACAACAAGUUGCUCAAGAAACGAUUAUCGUCGAUAACAGUGGUCUAGAGCCUGAGCAAGAGGAAGCGGAAGAGGACGAUGAUGGAAUGGAAGGACAAGAGGAGGAGUCAAAAGAAGCAGUGAUGGCUGCAAUCGGUGCUCAUCCAGACCUGAACUCAUCUUCUUCAUCGAUGACUAUCAAGGAGGUGCUGGCCGCGAGAAUGGGUCUGAAAUUGACGAACGAUAGACGUGCGGUCACGAGAAAUGCUGGUGCCAGAAGAAUGCAACUUCACAGCGAGAUACAGAUGUCGAAUCGUAAUCGAAGUUUGAAUCAGCAAUAUGAUGACGAUCUGCAACAGCAAGGGAGUCAGUAUAGCGAUGAUACGGAAAUGCGAUUGGAAUUGGAGUAUAAAAUGAAUGAGACGAUAUCAGCAGCAAAUUCGCUCAUCCAACGUUUCGACACCAUCAAUCGUGAUGAAUUCGCAGUUAUUGGGGAGACGGUUGCAGAUUCGUUACGUGAUGUGAGUAAAAUGGAUGUGAAUGCGCUUGCACAAUUCAAGUUUGAGAUAUUCGAUAUCAUCACUAAAUAUCGCAGAAAUGUUCUCCUGAAAACUGAUUAA